GGACCCAGGACAAUGGCUGCUACACAUGAUUUGGAGAUGGAGGAAGUGACCCUGAAUAUGGACAGAGAUGCGAAAGAAGAGCUGGAGGAAGAAAAGAGAAUGAAUGAGAACGAGGGAGGCAAAGACCCUUUGAAGAAGAAAAAGGUUCACAGGAUUGUUUCAAAAUGGAUGCUUCCCGAAAGUGUGCGGAAAACGUACCUGGAGAGAGCCAACUGCUUCCCACCUCCUUUGUUCGUCAUCUCUAUCAGCGUCGCUGAGUUGGCAGUGUUUAUUUACUAUGCUGUCUGGAAGCCUCAGAAGCAGUGGAUCACGCUGGACACCGGUAUCUUGGAGAGCCCCUUCACCUACAAUCCCCAGAAGAGGCAGGAAGCCUGGAGGUUUAUCUCAUACAUGCUGGUUCAUGCUGGAGUUCAGCACAUCUUGGGGAAUCUUAUUAUGCAGCUCAUUUUGGGUAUUCCCUUGGAAAUGGUCCACAAAGGUCUCCGAGUGGGGCUGGUGUACCUGGCAGGAGUGAUUGCAGGAUCCCUUGCCAGCUCCAUCUUUGACCCACUGAAAUUUCUUGUGGGUGCUUCAGGAGGAGUCUAUGCUCUCAUGGGAGGCUACUUUAUGAAUGUUCUAGUGAAUUUUCGAGAAAUGAUUCCUGCCUUUGGAAUUGUCAGACUACUGGCCAUCAUCCUUAUAGUUGGGUCAGACAUGGGAUUUGCUCUGUACAGAAGAUUCUUUGUCCCUGCAAAUGGGUCACCGGUGUCUUUUGCAGCUCACAUUGCAGGUGGAUUUGCUGGAAUGUCCAUAGGUUACACUGUGUUUAGCUGCUUUGACAAGGCCCUGCUGAAAGAUCCAAGGUUUUGGGUGGCGAUUGCAGCUUAUUUUGCUUGUGUUUUAUUUGCUGUGCUGUUCAACAUUUUCCUGUCUCCAGCAAACUGACCUGCUCUGUUAUAAAACAAUAAAGAGAGCCAUCUGGGAAAAAAGCUGGAGAAUCU